AUGUCGCGUCUCUACGGCGCCUUCCCAUGCCACCUCUGCCACCUCCAUUCCGGAAUGGGCUACGUCUACGCCUGCACACAAGAUCACGGGACAGACUUCUCCAUCGACCCUUUACGACGCAUCGCAGAUCCAGACCACUAUCUCGAUCUGGAGCUCCAGCGUGACCGCUCGUCUCACCUGGGUGGCACCAAAGAUCACGAUCACAACGAGAGCUGGGUGAACUUAGGAGACUUGACAGGCGAGCUCUCAGUCUUUGAGGCCGAAUGUAACGGCCAGCGCAUGCCCAAGCCUGAACUGAGUCCGUGGCUGGAAAAAGCGAUCCAAAGGGGCGAAUACGACAGAGACCAGAUCAAGCUCAUCAGAAUCCAGAAAGAGGAAGUCUGUGCCGUUGCGAAAGCAGCAAGGGUCCGCUUCGAGACCGAAGAGCACGGUGAUGUGGUGGAGCCGAAGCGACCAAGUUUGACACCGAAGAAAGUCAAGAGACUAUCGUUUGCCCCGCAGAAAGAUGAGACGACGGAAAUCGCCGAGGAGAGCAAAAGCGAGGGUGAAUUCCCUUUCUCCCCCUCUCCAGCGUCGUCAACACCAGGUGAAUAUCCCCCUUCCCCUCCCCUAUCCCUUCCCCCUCCUUCGCCUACACUCCCCACCGCAACCGCGGUAUCGGCAUACACGCCCGAACCCUCUCCACCAACGACCUCCGCGGGGAAGCCAGCGAGGAAGAAAGCACUGUAUCCCUACUGUAGCCUUACGUUCUGCCCGACUUGUCGCCCUACAUACUGUGACCGUGCUUGGGCGUGUUUCGAGCAUGCCUAUAACCAUGAUCCUAGCGAUGAUAGUGGGGGCCCCGGUUUGCAAUUGAGUAUGGAAGAUCUGAAGGAGGAGAGUUAUGGGCCGUACUUCAACUCCUUGGAGGUCAUGCGUACGAUUGGUCUUGCGAAACCGGGAUUGAGGCAGAAGCUCAGGAGCUGGGAUAGUAGGGAAGCGGUGGCCGGGACGAGCCCGGCUACGAGUUUGCAUGCGUUGAGUGGUGAUAUCGCUGCCGAGGGAGUUGUGGGGCAAGAGGAGUCGAAAAGGGAAGGGGGAAAGGGGGUGAGAGGGAGUAUUAAGGGCAAGGUCAAAGAUUUCUUGAAGAGGAGGGAAACCGGUAAGGAGAUUGCUGAGGGGGAUGGAGCAGUUGAUACGGUGAAAGAGAAAGAGGAGGAGAGUGAGGAGAGUGAGGAGGGGUUGACUAUACGGGUCGUGGCGAGAGAGGAGGGUAAUGGCGAUGGGCGGUUAAGAGCGCCGCUGCCGCUGAAUGUGGUUGGGCGUGGUCGUGCCCGUGAAGAGGAUGGGAUGAUUGGUGAUGAGGAAGGGAAAGACGUGGCAGUGGGGCAGAUGGAGGAAGUCGAUAUCGCGGACGCUUUGGGGCUGGAGCACGGUGUUGCUGUCACGGAAGAGGCGGUGGAAGGGGGCACGCCUGAUGUGGUCAUGACGGGCUGA